CCAGCAGCGCCGCCGCGCCGCGCCUCGCCUGGCCGGAGGAGGAGGAGGAAGCAGGGCAGCAGGCGGGCGAGGGAGACGGAGCCGCCGCCGCCGCCGCCGAGGAGGAGGCAACCAAAGAGGAAGAAGAAAAACCUCGUUUUAUCUUCAAGGAUCCAGAUUGGGGCACCGCACAGGGAUUGUACAUUAUGCUGCUAAGUCAUCUCGUGAUCUUCAGCAAGGAAUUCUAGCCGAGGUUGAACCCAGAGAGCGAUCCAUAUGUUUGGGAAAAGAAAGUGAUUGCGUCCCGACCGGCCGACCAUGAGCAUGUUGAAACCAAGCGGGCUGAAAGCCCCCAGCAAGAUCAGCAAACCGGGAAGCGUGCUGGCCAAAACAGCCUCACCUGCGGCUACAGCCUCUCCGGAAAAGACCCCGGCCAUCGAAAAGCCUCCCACCACAGAAGCUCCGGAUGAGUUUGUGGACGACUUCCGAAUCGGGGAGCGUAUUUGGGUCAACGGAAAUAAACCCGGCUUCAUCCAGUUCUUGGGAGAGACCCAGUUUGCUCCGGGUCAGUGGGCAGGGAUUGUGUUGGACGAGGCCAUUGGAAAGAACGACGGCUCCGUGGCCGGAGUCAGAUACUUCCAGUGUGAGCCCUUGAGGGGGAUCUUCACCAGGCCGUCGAAGCUCGCCCGGAAGGCCGUUGGCGAGGAUGAAUCCAACGGGACCCAGGUGUCUCACGCCUCUCGGGCCACGUCGCCCACCUCCACCUCGGCGGCCAGCCUCGUGUCUUCUCCUUCAGCAGCAGCCCACCUGCCACACACCGGCAUACCUCAGAAGGUGUCUCCUCUGGCCACCAAGGAGACACCCGUUUCUCACGCAAGCAACCUCUCUAAAACCCCCAGCGAAUCCAUUUCGAACCUUUCGGAAGCCGGCUCCUUGAAAAAAGGCGAAAGAGAACUCAAAAUGGGAGACAGAGUGUUGGUGGGGGGAACGAAAGCCGGCGUGGUACGUUUUUUGGGGGAGACGGAUUUCGCCAAGGGGGAAUGGUGUGGCGUUGAAUUGGAUGAACCCCUGGGCAAGAACGAUGGCGCCGUUGCUGGAACAAGGUAUUUCCAGUGCCAGUCCAAAUACGGCCUAUUUGCUCCGGUGCACAAAGUGACCAAGAUUGGCUUCCCGUCCACCACUCCGGCCAAAGCCAAGCCCGCCAUCCGGAAAGUCCUCCCCACGCCCACCAGCCUAAAGCGCAGCCCCAGUGCCUCGUCUCUCAGCUCUCUGAGCUCGGUGGCCUCUUCUGUAAGCAGCAAGCCAAGCCGUGCGGGACUAUUGACAGAGACGUCCUCUCGGUAUGCUCGGAAGAUCUCGGGCACCACCGCCCUGCAAGAGGCUCUGAAGGAGAAGCAGCAGCACAUAGAACAGCUCCUGGCCGAGCGGGAUUUGGAGCGAGCGGAAGUGGCCAAGGCCACUAGCCACGUUGGGGAGAUAGAGCAGCAGCUUGCCUUGGCACGGGAUGGGCACGAUCAGCGAAUAUUGGAAAUGGAGGCCAAGAUGGACCAACUGCGAGCCUUGGUGGAAGCGGCUGAUAGAGAAAAAGUAGAAUUGCUGAACCAGUUGGAGGAAGAGAAAAGGAAGGUUGAAGAUCUUCAGUUCCGGGUAGAAGAAGAGUCUAUUACCAAAGGUGAUUUGGAGCCAAAGAGAGACAUAUCUGAAGACCCUGAAAAAAAUACGCAGACCAAACUGGAACAUGCCCGCCUUAAGGAGCUUGAGCAGAGUCUUCUCUUUGAAAAGACCAAAGCUGGCAAACUCCAGAGGGAGUUAGAAGACACUAGGGUCGCCACUGUAUCUGAAAAAUCUCGAAUCAUGGAACUGGAACGAGAUCUAGUAUUGCGGGAGAAGGAAGUCACCGAACUCCGGUCAAGAUUGGAGUCCGGUAAAGUGACCAGCAACGUGGACACAUCUCUUGAGCUGCUGCAGGAAAUCAGCACCUUGCAAGAGAAGAUGGCGUCGGUGAACAAGGAACAUCAGGAGGAGAUGAAGUCCCUGCGGGACAGACUUGAGGUCAGUGAGGAGUCCUUCCAGAAGGAAAUCAAGACCUUGUUGUCCUCCAACGAAAAGAUGGCGAAAGAGAACAACGCCUUGAAAGCCAAGCUGGACACGGCCCACAAAGAGAAUUUAGAGGUGGUUGAAUUGUGGAAAUCUAAGCUGGAAUCUGCCAUAGACUCUCAUCAACAAGCGAUGGAAGACCUGAAGACCUCUUUCAGCAAAGGAGCCGGCCUUCAGGCAGCGGAGUUUGCAGAGCUGAAGGUGGAAGUCGAGAAGAUGAGAGAGCACCAUCAGAGCGAAGCGUCUAACUUGAAGAUGAAGCAGGAGAGCGAGAGGUUGCGCCUGGUGAACGAGAUCGAAGCCCUGAAGAACCAGCUGCUGGAGGUCACGGAGGAGAAGGAGAGAAGCUUGGAGGUGCUGAAGACCCAGCUGGAAAGCGCUGAAGAUCAGCACCUGGUGGAAAUGGAGGACACUCUGAACAAGCUGCACGAAUCCGAAACGAAGGUAAAGGAGUUAGAAGGCCUCCAGGAGAAAUGUGUGGAGCAAACCAAGAUCAUUGAUAGCUUCAAAGCCAAGAUCAAAGCUGCUGAAGCAAAGUUCGUGAACCUGGAUAGCCUUCAGGUGGCCCUUUCUGAAGGUAAACUGGAGUUGGAGAAACUCAGUGAGGAACACGAAGCCGCCCAAAAAAAGAUACAGAGUUUAGAAAAUGACAGAAAUAAUGAAAGUAGCCAGGCUGCUAGUCUAGUCAAAGAACUGCAAGUGAGGGAGAAAAAGCUACUUGAUCUUGAGCAACACUUGGGCACCGUCAACCAACUUAAAGAUUCUUUGGAAAAAGAGUUGGAGGACUUGAAAGAAAAAUUCACGAAGGGCGCCGACGAGGCCAAAAUUGUACAAAAAUCUAUGCAAGAAACUCUUGAAAAACUAAACCAAAAAGAAAAGCAGUUUACACAGCUGUCAAGUGAAGUCGAUCAGCUGAGAUCCCAUUUAACAGCCAUGGAGAAGUCGCUGAAAGAACGAGAAAUGCGAGAGCAGCAGCUGGUGGAGGCUAAAGCCAAGCUGGAAAACGAGGUGGCGGAAAUCAUGAAAUCUUCGGGCGACAGCUCUUCCCAGCUGACCAAAAUGAACGACGCCCUACGACUCAAAGAGAAGCAAGUGGAAGAGCUGCAAGGCCAGCUCACCAAGGCCAGCACAGAAACGUCUCAGCUGCGGGAAAAUUUGGAGCAGGCGGCCCGUCAGGCUGAAAAGAAGCAGGAAGAGAUGCUUGCACAACAUCAGGAGGAGCAGCAGAAAAUGAGGAACAAAUUAGGCAGCCUGGAGAAGGAAAUAGCGGCUCACCAAGAGGAGCAUAAACGCGUGCAAGCCGCCAGUGAGAAAACGCGCUUGGAAACGGCUGCCCGGCAUGGAGAAGCCCUCCAGGAACUCCAGAGGGAGCUUCAGAAGAAGGAGCAGCUCCUCGCGGAGACCCAGAAGGCCAACCGCGAGUUAGAGAAACAGUCCAAGGAACUGAAGAAGGAAGCCGAACACGCCAAGACUGCAAAAACAGCAGAAGAUGCUUUGCAGAUAGUGGAACAAGUGACCAAAGAGAAAGACGCCCUUCAUAAAGAGAAGACGGAAAUCUUGGCCUCCUUAAAAGAUGCCAAGCAGCUCAGUCAAAAGCUGAAAAAAGAGCUGGACACUCUUAAAGAAAGCCACGUGAAGAACCGAGAGGAGCUCAGCAAAUCUCAGGAACGUCUGAACAACGAGAGCCAAAAAGUGGAAGAACUCCGAAAAGAAUUGGAAGUGCUCAGACUGGCCGAAGAGGAGAAAUCGCAGCAGCUCGCCGUCUUCCAAGAAGAAAACCUCAAACUUGCGAAAGAGUUGGGGAAAGGGGAUCCCGCCAGUCACCAGAAGCUGGAAGAAGAGAGAUCGGUCCUGAAUAACCAGCUGUUGGAGAUGAAAAAGAGAGAAGCCAAGUUAAUAAAAGAAAACGAUGAAGAGAGAGCCUCGUUGCAGAAAUCCAUCAGUGUUACUAGUGCCUUGAUUACAGAGAGAGACGAAGAGCUGGAAAAACUCAGAAAUGAGGUCUCGGUGCUCCGUGGAGAGAAUGCCACGGCGAGGAAUUUGCACUCAGUCGUUCAGUCCCUGGAAUCCGAUAAGGUUAAACUUGAGAUCAAAGUAAAGAAUUUGGAGCAGAAGCUCAAAGAGAGCCAGAAAAGCUCUUCAGACGUUUCAUCGAGUGGCGAUUUCCAAAAGGAAGACGCCCAGGAGAGCCAGCAAAUGAUUGACUUCUUAAAUUCGGUCAUUGUGGAUCUUCAAAGUAAAAACGCUGAACUGAAAUCAAAACUGAACAAGAUGUCCGAGGCGGCUCUCAACGGAGACGAGGAAGAAGUUAUUAACUAUGAUAGCGAGGAAGACAACCAAGUCAAGAGGAAGCCUCGCCUCUUCUGCGACAUUUGCGAUUGUUUCGACCUCCACGACACCGAAGAUUGCCCCACGCAAGCCCAGGCGCCCGAGGAGCCUCCCCACUCCACGUACCACGGCAGUCGGAAGGAGGAACGUCCCUACUGCACCAUUUGCGAGAUGUUUGGCCACUGGACCGCCAACUGCAACGAUGAUGAGACCUUCUGACAGAGGACAGGAGCGGAGAGAAAUGAACGUUGCUUUGGGCGCUAGUUGGACCUCAUCCUCCACCGCCCACCUCCAAGGGUGGGGCCAGGAGGAGAGGAGACCGGCACUCUUUCCUCCCAGAAUCCCUUGCAGCAGCCACCCAGAAUUUUAAAAAGACGCUGUGUGGAUCUGGUCUUCCACAAGCAGGAUAGUUUUUAUUCCGCCCUUCUUACGAUGGAAUUAAAAUAAAUAAUUGAACAGGGGCUGCCAAUUUUCCUUUAGAAAUUUCAUUUCCUGGGUUUGCAUCCAGAAACUGCCCUCCGGUCGCGUGGCUUAAUUUGGGGGAGUGGGGUGGGGAGGAAAUGAGAGGAGUUGGGGUGUGAAACCAACAAGCCCCCCCUAGUUCUAUUUUAGCUCAUUUAAAGCUCUUUGAAAUUACGCUCUUCAUUUUCCUAUUUGCACUACUACGCUCCUCCAAGCUGCGUUUGUACCUUUCUUUUAGCGUUUGUAACCUUCUCACACUGGAAUGGGUUUAAGAGGCGAGCUCUUAUUAUUUUCUUAUUUUUCCAACGUUUGUUUGUUUGUGUUUUUCCUCGGCUUUGUGAUCUCUCGAUCAACCGACACGCGUGAGCAAACUUUUGUGCGUGUGCUACUGGUGCAAGACCUAGAAGUAGUGCCUUCCUAUCCGCGGGAUUUCUUUUAAUGGUGUGAGAUUUUGUCGAGGCAAAACAAAAAAAAUACCACAAAGUAGGGUCAGCCACUAUGGGGAAAUAUUAUUUUUUUUCCCCUUACGAAACCUCUCCAGCUGGGCGUUUGGGAAAUCUCUCCCUGUUUUUUCAGCUUCUGUAGAGUUGUACAUAAGUACAUAUAUAAAUAUAUUUAAGAAAAACAAAGAUUUAUAUUUUGGAAAGCAAUUUGAUUGUCUUUAGUGCUUCUGUUAUUCUGAAAAAGAGGGCUUUUGUGUACUGUAAAUUGAUUUAAUGACUUAAACAGCCUCAAAAAACUUGGGAGAUUUUUUUUUUCUGGCUGGGGUGGGUUUGAGCGGGGUGGAUAAAGGGGCAAGUUUGCAUGUACCAAAAAAGGACACCCCCACACACAAAUCAUCUGGCUACAGUUUAUAUCCCGUUAACAGAUUUUUAUCAAAUGUCUGUCCUGAAAUCAAGACCCUUUUUUAAAACCAAUUAAGAUGUAAUUUAUUUAUUUUCCCCUGGGUUGCAAUUUUGUUCCAGGUGAAUGUAAAAUAGAAAAAAACUCCAUGUUGAAAUAAGGAGAAGUUUCUAAGAAGCUGGUACCUUACAAGAACAUUUUAAGAAGUCUAAAAUGGAGCAUAUUUCUGAGUGAAACUGUUUUCAUGCUAAUUUAAUGCUUGGGGCGUUCCUGUGGAGUUACUCCGUCAUGGAGUAAAUGCCUUGUACUCUAAGAGAGACAAAGAUGAUGCCACACUCUCUUCUUUUGAAUGUUACAAAAAGAAAUGUAAAGAAAACACUAUCAGCCUUCCUUGCGUAAUGGAAGAUUUUAAUUCUUCUAUAACUGUUUGGGUUUACCUGUGUUUCUUUUUACAUGCACACACAGACCUAUGGAGAAGCACAUAAUCUGUGCUAGUUGUUAACUAUUCCCAAAUUACAAUCAGUAUUUGGCCUACGAGGAUUUUUUUUUUGAAAAAAUAAAUCAGUGUAACUGUUUGAACUUUGGAGUAAAGAAUGUAUUAUAGGGUAUAGUCAUUUAAAAAAGCAGGGAAGUCAGUAUUAAAUUAAACCAACUGUACUGUAUCUUUAAUAAAGGGA